AUGAGUACUCUAAGUUGGAACUGCCGUGGCUUGGGUAAUCCACGGACAAUUCGGGAGAUUGUGGACAUGGUGUCCCGGAAGCAACUCGACUUUGUAUUUCUAAUGGAGACUAAAGUGGCACGUGAUCAUGCAGAACGAUUACGUGUUAAGAUUGGUUAUGAAGGACUGUUUUAUGUUGAUAAUGAUGGGUUAAGUGGUGGUAUAGCGUUACUGUGGAGAAAGAAUAGUACGGCCCGGCUAAUCAGUUACUCAACGAACUAUGUUGAUGUUGGGGUAACUAUUGCUGGCUUUCAUGAAUGGCGAAUGACGGGGUAUUAUGGAUUUUCUGAACGAACAAGACGCGCUGAGUCAUGGGAUUUUUUGAGAACACUAUCGGGCAGGUCGAAUCUCCCAUGGGUUGUUAUUGGAGAUUUCAAUGAUUUAUUAUAUCAGAAUGAGAAGAGAGGGGGAAAUCUGCAUCCGAAUAGCCUCCUACGCGGUUUUGGGGAAGCUAUUGAGGACUGUGGGCUUUCUCAAUUGCCUAUGGUUGGUUAUCCGUACACAUGGGAGAAGGGGAAGGGGACAGUAAACUGGAUGGAGGAGAGGCUCGAUAAAGUUCUAGUGACGGAUGAGUGGCGGGGUAUGGUGAUGGGGGCUAAGGUGUUGAAUCUGAGAACCCGGAAGAAUGUGGUAGAGCAGUCCUGGCAGGAGAGGAGGGGCCAGGGUUUACAGAACUGUAUUCAGUACUGUGGGACCCGGUUAACACGAUGGGGUGGAGACCGGUAUCAUAAGUACGGAAAACGGAUCAAUGAACUGACAAGAGAGCAGCAGCGACUGAGGGGGCGUACUGACCCGGCCUCCCUUGCUGAGUUCCAACGCCUAGAACAGCUGUUAAGCUGUACUGAAGCUCAGGAGGAUGCCUACUGGAGGCAGAGAGCCAAGCAACACUGGCUUAAGGAGGCAGAUGCUAAUACGAAGUUUUUUCACAGAAUGAAACCGUUAAUGGAAGGAGUAAUAUCUGAGUCACAAAGCGCAUUUAUCCCGGAUAGACUGAUAACGGAUAAUAUACUAUUAGCUGCAGAGGUGGGGCAUUUUUUGAAUAGGAAACAAUGUGGAGUGGGGGGAUGGAGUGCUCUUAAAUUAGACAUGGUGAAGGUGAAUGGUUUAAGAUGUGAUCCUAUUAUACCUACUCAUGGAAUAAGGCAAGGGGAUCCUCUGUCCCCAUAUCUAUUUAUUAUUUGUGCAGAGGGUCUAUCUUUGAUGUUGCAGCAGGCACAUAAUGUGGGAUCGAUACAUGGCUGCACGGCCAAGGCGGAGGAAACAAUUGAGGUUAAAAGGUGUCUAUCUAUUUAUGAGAAUUUAUCCGGGCAGGCAGUAAAUUAUCAUAAGUCGAAUAUAUGUUAUAACAGAAAUACCAGUAACGAGGAUAGACAGAGUGUGGCUCAGAUUUUGGGAGUGGCACAGGCACCGAAUUUUGGCAAGUAUUUGGGACUCCCCUCUUUUAUUGGAAGACACAAGAAAGCAGUUUUUGCGUAUGUGGAGGAUAAAAUCCGUCAAAGGAUUGGAUCAUGGAAUAAAAAACUGCUAUCACAGGCAGGGAAAGAAAUUCUUUUGAAAACUGUAGCACAAUCUAUGCCUACGUUUUCAAUGAGCGUUUUUUUGUUACCUAUAUCAGUGUGUACGGCGAUAGAAAGGACAAUGAAUCAUUACUGGUGGGAUUCUGGAACUGACAGGCGAAUACAUUGGAAGGCAUGGGACAAGUUAUGUAUCCCAAAGAAAUACGGUGGGCUGGGAUUUAAAGAUUUGCGUGCAUUUAAUCUAGCAAUGCUAGGAAAGCAGGCGUGGCGAAUGUUGACUAAGCCUGACUCUCUGGUGGCACGUGUGUAUAAGGCCCGGUAUUUUCCGAAAGGAUCGUUCUUUGAUGCACAAGUGGGAAAUAAUCCCAGUUUCUGCUCGCGGAGCAUUAUGGCAUCAAAGAGUAUUAUUUGUGGUGGGUUGCAAGGAGCCAAGGUGGCAGGUUUGAUAGACCAGCAAACUGGUGUUUGGGAUCCCUCGAUCUUAACUGACUUAUUUCAACCCAAUGAUGUGGCGGAAAUUAUGAAAAUACCCAUCUCCCCGGAGUAUAAUGAUACCUGGUACUGGUAUGGGGAUCCAAGAGGAGAGUACUCUGUUAAAAGUGGAUAUAAGCAAGUAAUGGGAAAUUAUCAACAGACUAAUGGGGUAUUUACAAAAUGGUUAUCCCUGUGGAAGUUAAAAAUUCCCCCAAAAUGGAGAAUGUUUCUAUGGAGAGCCAUUAGUGAUAUAUUGCCUACUACUACAAACUUGCUGAUAAAGAGGGUGGAUGUGGAUCCACGAUGUGCCAUGUGUGGAUUAUCUCAAGAAGACACAAUGCAUGCUAUGGUGUUGUGUGAUUUUGCAAGGAACAUUUGGGAUAAAUCUAACCUCACAAUUCCGAAUAUAAUCACAAAUAUUCUUUAUGUUUGGUUUGAUGAACUUUUAAAUGUUCUAGACUCUGAUGGGAUACUCUAUGCAGCAGCAAUACUUUACAAUAUUUGGAGAGCAAGGAACAGGGCUGUUUGGGAAGCAACACUACCACGGCCGGAGGUGGUGCUCAAGACCGCCGCUGCUGCCAUGCACGCGUGGACACGGGCGCACCCGCAGCCCACGGCCCGAGCCACCACGCUGCUGCCUAUGCCGAACCCGCUGCAAGGAAGCGGCGAACUCCAUGCGCCGAAUCUGCUCACUGCCGAGCCGCCUGGACCGCAAAGGCGAAUAUGCCGUGUGGAUGGGGGGUAUAUGCAACAGACAGGACAAGCUGCUAUGGGGGUAGUCUUACUAGACACGGACGGGGGAUAUGUCUCGGCGUACAGUGGACCACUACAAGGAUGCUCCUCGCCACUUAUGGCUGAGGCACUCACAUGUAAAGAAGCUCUAUCAUGGUUGAAGGAUCGGGGAGAGCAGAAUGUUGACGUUUAUACGGACUGCCUGACACUACAUCGUUAUCUUACUGCACCAACUGUUGUGUUGCGCACAUAUCUAGGCUAUGCCAUUGACACUUGCAGGCUUAUUGCAUCUUCGUUUCAGUCUUUAUUUUAG